CGCGCGCACGCGCAGAGCGAGCGGGAGGAGGCGCGGCGGAGCCAUGGACGACGAGGAGGAGACCUACCGCCUGUGGAAAAUCCGCAAGACCAUCAUGCAGUUGUGCCACGACCGUGGCUACCUGGUCACUCAGGAUGAGCUGGACCAGACACUGGAGGAGUUCAAGGCCCAGUUUGGGGACAAGCCCAGUGAAGGGCGGCCGCGGCGCACAGACCUCACAGUGCUGGUGGCCCACAAUGAUGACCCCACUGACCAGAUGUUUGUCUUCUUCCCAGAGGAGCCCAAAGUGGGGAUCAAGACCAUCAAGGUGUACUGCCAGCGCAUGCAGGAGGAGAAUAUCACCCGCGCCCUCAUCGUGGUGCAGCAGGGCAUGACCCCUUCGGCUAAGCAGUCUCUGGUCGACAUGGCCCCCAAGUACAUCCUGGAGCAGUUUCUGCAGCAGGAGCUGCUUAUCAAUAUCACGGAGCACGAGCUGGUCCCGGAGCACGUGGUCAUGACCAAGGAAGAGGUGACUGAACUGCUGGCCAGAUAUAAACUCCGAGAGAACCAGCUGCCCCGGAUCCAGGCAGGAGACCCUGUAGCUCGGUACUUCGGGAUAAAGCGAGGGCAGGUGGUAAAGAUCAUCCGGCCCAGCGAGACCGCGGGCAGGUACAUCACCUAUCGACUGGUGCAGUAGCUGCCCUCUAGCCCACAGGUGAGACAGCGCCAUGUGGACAUUGGAGCCGCAGGCGGGGGCACCUGCCUUUCCUGCUGGGCAUGCGGGAAUGUUCCAGCUCUGUCCUGUGAGCAUGCCCACUCACGUUCUCUUGGCCAACCCUCAGAGAUGACUGAUCAACCCUUUGGGCAUGGAUGUGGUGACAACUUGGGCAAAGGGUCAUCAUGGCCACUGACCCCACUGUGGAUGCUCCAUGAUGGUGCCUCAAGAGGGGACAGAAUGCCUCAUGGAGGCCGGCGGCCCCACAGCCACAGACGGCAAGGCUGAACUUGCUUACCCCAGAUGGGGCCCAGGGAGCAUGCCACUUCCUGCCCACCCCUGCAUGCUACUCCCGACACCGUGUCUUGAGAGCCGCAAGAGUGAGGUUAAAACUCACCUGAACCUUGACUUACUUUUGAAUGCUAAAUGUUUUUAAAAUUAAAGAUAUUUUGAGUAAAGAAACUUGUCUGGGAAACCAAGGCUGAGUGACAGGUCUGCACCAGCGGUCUGUGCCUGUCACCAUGGCCUGGAGCGCUCCCUCGACUGAGGGCUGCUGCCUCUGGGGCGCCCACGGCCUGGGAGCUGGAACCCGCGCUCCAACGGCUGCCGCUCCUGCACAGGCCCCUCUGACGCCAUUUGCUGCUCUAAGCUCUGUCCCUGGUGCUUUCCUUGCACAAAUCUGUGGGACUGUUCUCCACCGCACCCCUUUUGGUGUCUGAGUUCAGAAGGCCUUCCCUGCCCAGUUUAAAAGUAUUCAUGGGUAUUUUGUCUUUUCCCCCUGGUCCUGCCCUGCCCGCCCUCGUGCUUUUCUUUCUUUCUUUUUUUUAAAUAAAGAAGCAGAAGUACGUUUGUUUUUAAGCUUUUAGUUAUUUUAUUUUUGCAUAGAACUGGGGUGAGGGGUGAGAGGAUUCACCAGAGACAGUAGAGAGCAGAGCAGGUAGAUUUAUGAGAUCCACUGCUGAGGGGAGCAGAGGGCGAGGCAGAGGUCUGCUUCGCCACGUGGGUCAGCUCCCUGGCCAGGGAUCAAACUCAGGCCAUAGCGGUAAUAGUGCUGAGACUUAGCCCCUGGGCCACAAAGGGGGCCUGUGCUUUUCUUUUUUAAUAGCUUUUAAAAGAUAUAAUUGACAUACCCGAGCACAUUGCAGUGACUGUUAGUACUGUCAGCUUUAGGACAUUUUUACCCCCUCCCCCCAAAAUGCCCUCCCCAUCAGCUGUAACUCCCCAACCCCUGGCACUACAAACCCACUCUCUGGCUGUGCGUGUCCUGGACGUUUCUCGUUGGUGGCCUCACACCGCGUGGCCUCGUGUGUCUGCUUCUCUCCCUGAGCAUCGUGUGUGCGGGGUCCCUCCCAUGGUGGCGAGUGUCAGAGCUGCCCCCGUAUGUGGACAGUCACGUUCCUCCAUCUGGACAUGUGGGCAUGUCCACCUCUUGGCAGGUGUGACUUGCUGCUGUGGACAUCUGUGUACGAGUUUCUGUGUGAACGUGUGUUCAUUUCUAUUAGGUAGACGCCUGGGCGUGGAAUUGCUGGAUACCCUUUUGAAAAACUGACUUUUCUAAACUCUAGCACUUUGUGUUCCCAGGCCCAGCGUUUUCUGUUACUCUUCGUCCUCAACAGCGCUAGUUAUCUCCCCAGCUUUCUGUUAGUCCCACCCCAGUGGGCCAAGUGCCGUCUCGUGGUUAUGACUCAGUUUUUCCCGGAUGCUGUUGAGCAUCUUUUCAUGUGCUGCUUGGCCAUGUGUACCUCGUCUUUGAAGAAACCUCCAUGCAGCUCCUUUGCCUGUUGCUUAAUUGAGUUUUUACUACUGAGUUGUGGAAGUUGUUUACUGAUUUAGAUGCAAAUUCUUAUCAGAUACUUUUUUCCAUUCUCGUAUUUCUAAGCACUUGUUUAUAGGUUUGGUUUUUACCUAUAAUCUUUGUUCCUAGAUAGACAGCGGCCUUGAGCAUCUCACAGACCUUUCUUGCUGCGCUGUACGCCCCCUCAUAAACUCAAAUAAAUACCAGCAUUUCAGGAUGUGCUUUCUUUCACUUGGUCAACUUAGGUUUAAAGAAUCAGUUUUACAGUACCUGUAACAGCAGGACAGGCCGCUCCUUUGCCCCCAGGUAGACACACUUUUUAUUUCCAGAAUCUUCUUGGUCCAAAAAGCCAGACACAAAGGAUAAAUACUUUGUGAUUCUCCCUAGAGGAAUCAAAUCUAUACAGACAGAAAGUAAUGGUGUGGGACGCUG